UCUGCUCUCGCGAGAUCCUGUGCUCUCGCGAGACCCUGCGCUCUCGCGAGCGCCGCCGCCGCCCCGCCCCUUCCGGCCAUGGCGGCGCGCUGAGGGCGCGGGCCGUCACCAUGCACUCGGACGACGUCGUGUGGGACACGCUCGGCAACAGGCAGUUCUGCUCCUACAAGAUCAAGACAAAAACCCAGAGCUUCUGCCGCAAUGAGUACAACCUCACGGGCCUGUGCAACCGCUCCUCCUGCCCGCUGGCCAACAGCCAGUACGCGACCAUCCGGGAGGAGAAAGGUCGGUGCUACCUGUACAUGAAGACGAUAGAGCGGGCCGCCUUCCCCCGCCGGCUGUGGGAGCGGGUCCUGCUGAGCAGGAACUAUGAGAAGGCGCUGGAAGAGAUAGAUGAGAACCUCAUCUACUGGCCGCGGUUCAUCCGGCAUAAGUGCAAGCAGCGCUUCACGAAGAUCACGCAGUACCUCAUCCGCAUCCGGAAGCUGACGCUCAAGCGACAGAGGAAGCUUGUUCCUUUAAGCAAAAAGAUUGAAAGGCGAGAGAAGAGGAGAGAGGAGAAAGCCCUGAUUGCUGCUCAGCUGGAUAAUGCCAUCGAGAAGGAAUUACUGGAGAGGCUGAAGCAGGAUACCUACGGAGACAUCUACAACUUCCCCAUUCACGCUUUUGACAAAGCUUUGCAGCAGCAGGAUGCAGAGAGUGAGAGCGACUCUGAUGUGGAGAAGGAAGAAGAGGAAGACGAGGACGCAGAUAAGAGGGAGUUUGUGGAAGCAGAUGACAGUGACCUCAGUGAUUUCGAGGACAUGGAUAAGUUGGAGACAAGUAGUGAGGAAGAGCAGGAAGACAAGUCCUUCAGCGAGGAAGAAGAAGAAAGAGAGAAGGAAACUGCUCGCUCCAAAUCCAAGGGGAAAACUCCCCUGAAAGGACCAGCCAGGAGAAAACGACCCUACAUUGAAAUAGAGUAUGAAGAAGAAACAGAACCAGCCACUAAAACAAAAACAACCUGACUCCUUCCUGGACUUGCAUUUUGUACAGAAUGAGAGGACUCCAGAUCUGUCACAAACUCCUCCAGCCUCCACCCAUCUGAGCAGGACCCUCAAAAAAGUCCCCCCCUGCUCCCCAGCAUUCUAGAUUAAUGACUUUCUUUAUCCGAGGUGAGAAGGAUUUUUGUCCCACCCCCAGGAAACCGUAGUGAGUUUGUGCAGCUCCUGCCUUAAGUGCAGUUUAGUGAAGAAGACUACCCACCUUCUUCGCAGCUACACUAAGCUGAGCCCAGACUCUGGCUCCAGAGAAGAACCUGAACUGGGGACACCACUGCUUUGUUCUAAAGCUGGAAAAGCCUGGAUGUGGCAAGGAAAACACCCCUUCUUUGGGCAGGUAUGGGGCUAACAGAGAGGGGAGGACAAAGACAGUAGCUUUAAAUAAAAAAAAUAUUUUAUUGUACAAAAAGCAGGGGGAACAGUGGCUCA